UCAGCAAUUUUUCUUUAGCUUUCUUUCUUCCUCUCCAAAGAGAGAAAUAAACACAUCUGAUUUUGGGAUCCAAUUAACCAAAGAUGAGAGACAACAACAGCAACACAAGAGAAGGGGAGAGAAGCAGUUCUUUAAAGCAGCAACCACAACAAGCUCCCAUGUCUUUGAAGCUCAUAGAUUCAUGUCUUAGACUAAGUGUGGUUCCUCUCAGUGUUGCUACCAUCUGGUUAACUGUCACUAACCACGAAUCCAACCCUGACUAUGGCAGAUUAGACUACAACUCCAUUAUGGGUCUCAAGUAUAUGGUUGGUGUGAGUGCCAUAUCUGCUAUCUAUGCUCUGUUCUCUACUGUUUUUUCAUGGUUCAGAUGUUUAGUCUCCAAAGCAUGGCUCUUCUUUGUUCCUGACCAGGUAUUAGCUUAUGUGAUGACAACAUCAGUAGCAGGAGCAACAGAGAUAGUGUACUUACUUAACAAAGGAGACAAAAUAGUGGCAUGGAGUGAAAUGUGUUCUUCUUAUCCUCAUUAUUGUUCAAAACUCACAAUUGCUUUGGGACUUCAUGUCUUUGUUCUCUUCUUCUUCUUAUUCCUCUCUGUUAUUUCUGCUUAUAGAGCUUUUAGUCCCUUUGAUCCUCCUUGUGAUUCCCCAACCAAUGAUGAUGCUUAAUUUAGUCAAGUUUUUGGACUUAAUUUUUUUAACUUCCUAUCUCAAUAUAUAAUAUGAUAUAUUUUUAGUUUU